AUGGCUAGGAUUAGUGUUACUGUUCUGCUGCUAUUCAGUAUGAUGCUAAUUUGUCAGCUGCAGGUCAAAGCAGGAGCAUCCACUCAGCAAUUUUUCAAACAUGAUUCCAAGGUUCUUCAGAAAUCCAUCGUUGAAAGAGUAAAUAGUGAUGCCACUGCUGGAUGGAAAGCUGAUAUGAGUCCUCGAUUUUUGAAUUAUACAGUUGGCCAAUUUAAGCAUCUUCUUGGAUUAAAGCCUACACCAAAGAGUAUUUUGGAAAGCACACCAGUUAUCACUCAUCCUCCUCAUCUGAAGUUGCCUACCCAUUUUGAUGCACGCACUGCUUGGCCUCAAUGUGCUACCAUUGGAAGAAUUCUUGGUCAGUCAUGA